GGUCCGGCGGAGAAGCGUCUCAUAAUGGGGAACAAUGUGCCGAGGACGAGCAGCCAGCAGGACUGGCCUGCCAUCCGCAACCAAAGCCUCGACGUCAUUCAUCGAGAGGGCAGGGAUGAACUGCACAAGAUCAAGGAGGUCGGCAACCUCAGAAUCAGCGCCCGGUUCCUCUCGCGCGUCGACUUCGAGCCGGCUGUCCUCCGCCGCCGCCUCCGCCGCGCCCUGCACGACACCCAACUCGCCGACGGGACGCCGCUGGAUGCCGUGGUGACGUUCGACGUAGACAAUCUCGGGAGCAAGCUGCUGCUGCAGGUGCGGGAGCCCUGCACACGUGGGAUGGAUGGAUGGAUACUCUGUGUGUGUGUGUGUGUGUGCAGGCCUGGUGGCUGGUGGAGCACCAGCAGUGGGACGAGGCGGCCGACGCACUGCGGCUGGCCCACCAGCUGACCUACUGUGAGCUGCCGGUCAUCGUCACACAGCAAGAUUUAGAGAAACACCGUAGCAAACAGGUCGGUGGGCUGAUGGGGAAGGGGACGGAUGGCACUCAUCUCUCUGUGUGUGUGUGUGAUGUGACGGAUGUGUGUGACGUCAGGCGUAUUUGGCUGAGCCGCGUGUGGUCGCGCUGUGGAAGAUGCUCGGCCGCCACGUCAACUUCGGCGACGAGUUGGGCAGAUUUGAGCUGUUCGACGACGGCAAUGGCGACCUGCGGGCCAUCAAGGACGAGCCCGAGCACCGCCUCGAUCUGACCCCCCUGCCCCUCGCCCACGCCUACCACCCACACACCAGCCCCCAGGACCCCCCAGUCAGACACCACAUCGCCGGCUACGACGACGAGAAACACGGCUGGGACACUGGUGGCCCAUUCACCGAGGCGUCAUUUUCCUCCUUCCUUGUGGGCACCAUCGUGCUGCCCACCUAUGCCGACAUGGAUCUCACUGAGGAAUUCAUAGACCGGUCGGCCAGUUGGGACGGCCCACGACAUUCCCCAUCCUCAUUGAUGCUUCAUUGGGUUGGCUGUGUGUGUCUGCAGUGAUGCGCGUGGCGGCGUGUUGAGGGGCCUGCUCGAUCAGUCGGUCCACCAGCCGAUUGAGGGCACCACGGCUGUCACGGCGUUUAUCCUUGCCAACGACUCAUCAUGCAAGUGGCUGCUGCUGACGCCGUUUGACCACCCCUUCAUCGCAUUCAUCGACAUCGAAGACUGGGGGGAUGAUGGAGAAGGCAAGCUACAGACGACAGAGGGUCACUCAGACAGACAGCCCGCUCAUUCCCCUGUGCUGUGUGUCUGCAGUGUCUGUGAGGGUGUUGACAACCGAGCCGCCGGCAGCUGGUGUGUCUGCUGAUGCGCCCUUCAAGCAGCGCUUCCCCCGCACCACCGCCAUGGCGCGACCAGUGCUGGGACAGAUCGCACCCGUAGUGUUCGACGGCGAGGCGGCGUAGCUCGUGUUGGAGCAGGGGGAGUGGGGUAGACAAACAAGAGGGAACGAGAUGAGAGAGGCAUGAGGGACACCACAUCUCAGACACGGGGCGAGACGUGUGUGUGUGGAUGGAUGGCCUGUGUGUACGUGGUGAAUGGCCAUCCCUGCUGUGAGUGACUCCUGACUGACUGAACACAUCCAUGCGUGUGUGCAUCAAACGUUAUGAUGAAAUCAC